GGAAGUGGUGGGGUUGGAGAAAGAAGUGGAGAUGGUGGGAGUGGUGGAAGUGGUGGGUCAUUACACAUACACACUCGAGAACGAUAACAAGAAAAAGAUUCUCUCUCUCGCAACAAGAAGAAGCUCAAUGGCUCCGACGAUAAGAACCGUCGCAACUUACAACACUCACCAAGAACACACCGUCGAUUUCUUCGGAAACGAGUUCACCGUCACCGUGACUCGCUCUACCUCCGUCAUCACCCGAUGGAUCAACAACGUCCAAUACUACAACCACUACUCCUCCUCUCACCCUCUCGUCGUCGGAGUCGGCGUUCAGUGGACACCCGCUGGUUACCACCCAAUUUAUCUAUGUGAUAACUGCUACUACGCCGAUCCUUCACUGGGAAGUUACUACAACGCAGAUCCGGAGGCAGACACUCUCCAGCUAUGCGUGGGCACACGGUGCCUCGUCAUCCAGCUGUCUCACUGCGACGAUGUCCCCGACGAGCUACGCAGUUUCCUGACGGAUCCGCGGACGGUUUACGUCGGUUUCUGGAACGGCCAAGACGCGGGGAAGCUGGCGAGGUCGAGACAUGGGCUUGAGAUCGGGGAGCUUCUUGAUUUGAGGAACUAUGUUCAAGAUUCGGGAGGGUUUGGGAUGAGUCGUUGUUCGUUCGAGGAGAUGGUUGAGGAGUGUAUGGGUUAUCAAGGAGUGAGGCUUGAUCGUGGGAUAAGUAUGAGUGAUUGGAGUGCGUAUGAGCUUGACCAUGAGCAGAUUCUUCAGGCUUCGGUGGAUGCUUAUGUUUGCUUUGAGCUUGGUGUCUGGGUUCGUCUAUGGGAGUACUGAAUAAAGAUUCAUUCAACGAAUCUUUCUCUUGUUACUUAUUAGGAAGAAAAAAAACUGUUAUUGAUUCGUAGUAUGAGUUAAACUAUCACUAGAUGUUUAUGCUUGGUCCUGUUUUGGUUUUGUCUAUGGUUUCAUAUUACAAUGUUUGCAAUGAUC